CAGUCCAGCCGAAACAUGGAGCAGCAUCUCGACUUCCGCGGACGGCGGGCCCUGGUGACUGGGGCCGGCAAAGGGAUCGGUCGCGCCGUGGCCGUGGCGCUGAGCAGGGCCGGGGCCCGCGUGACCGCGCUGAGCCGAACGGCGGCGGACCUGGAGUGCCUGACACGGGAGUGCCCGGGCAUCGAGACCCUCUGCGUGGAGCUGGCGGACUGGGAGGCUGUGGAGGCAGCGGUGGGAGCUGCGGGGCCGUUCGAGCUGCUGGUUAACAACGCGGCCGUGGCGGAGCUGCAGCCCUUCCUGGAGGUGACGCGCUCGGCCCUGCAGCGGUCUCUUGAUGUGAAUUUUGGAGCUGUGCUUCAUGUUUCCCAGAUAGUUGCUCGGCAGAUGAUUGCACAAGGGGUGCCAGGGGCUAUUGUGAAUGUCUCCAGCCAGGCAUCGAAGCGUGCGCUGAGGGAUCACGCUGUUUAUUGUUCCACAAAAAGUGCUUUGGAUAUGCUGAGCAAAGUAAUGGCAAUGGAACUGGGACCCCACAAGAUUAGGGUGAACACUGUGAACCCCACUGUGGUUAUGACUGACAUGGGGAGAAUUAACUGGAGUGACCCUCAGAAAUCUGCUGCCAUGAUUAAUCGGAUUCCCCUGGGAAAGUUUGCAGAGGUGGAUGAUGUGGUGAACAGCAUUCUCUUCCUGCUGAGUGACAAGAGUGCUAUGACAACUGGCAGCUCACUGAUGAUUGACGGGGGCUUCCUUGUCUCCUAAGAUGACACCUGCAUUUCACACCUGUCCUCAAUUUUCAUAUGAAUACCGCCUAGAUGUAAAUUGGAUAGAAAACAAUGACAGACUUCCUGCUGGAGGGGCAGCAGGGCUGAAGACUGUAUUAGAAGUGAGGCAGAAAAAUCAGCUUUGCAAGGCUGCUAUAUAAUAAAGCUCACAUACACCUUCA